AUGGCAUCUACUUUUGCUGUCGGACUUGGUGUGGCUACGGCUGCCUUUUUGGGCCGUGCAGGUUAUGUUGCCUUGCGUCGCUACAAGGGAGGUGUGAACAGCAUGGGAAAGGCUUUCUAUAAAGGAGGAUUUGAACCCCGAAUGACUCGUCGCGAAGCUUCUUUGAUUCUGGAACUUCCGGAGCGUACCUUGAACAAGGACAAGGUCCGCAAGAAGCACCGCCAGCUCAUGCUCCUCAACCACCCCGAUCGUGGCGGCAGCCCAUAUCUGGCCACGAAGAUUAACGAGGCCAAGGAAUUCCUCGAUAAACAUGCCUGA